CACUCAACUUCACAUUCAAGAUUCGAGGCAAACUGAAUGAGCUUAAGUUAGGUUCAAUUUUAAGCAUUGAGUAAAAUGUAUUAGCCGUAAAUUGAAGUGCCGUAAAGAACACGGAAACAGAGUACAAGGUCUGCAGCAUUAGUAUACCAUCAUCAGGCAUGGCUGGGCUGCUCAAGUCAUUUGCCAACCUGCAAAUAUCCUGCAAAUUUCUCCACCCUAGGGUUGAAGCCAUCACAGUACCUUCAAGAGGCAGAAAACAUUUAAACUAUUGGCCAAGGAAACGCCAUCCUAUAUGGUUGACAAAACAAACUCGCGUGCAAUACAACGAAAACCUUACCGCCGACAAUGCCCGGUUCAUCAAAGAAGUCGUUGAUACCAAAUAUAGUAACUCUGAACUCAGUCUGGGUAUCGCUGGGUCCUUACGUGCAUCGCCUCUCAAAGUUGAGCCAAUUGAACCUAAAGCAGAAUGGCAACCAUCCUAUCGACGCACUGGUGUCAUUGCUAAAAAAAUUGGAAUCUAUCCACUGUGGCUGAAAAAUGGAAAAAGAGUUUUCACCACUCUUUUACAGGUGCUGGAUAAUCAUGUGGUACGAUACAUACCGCCAGAAGACUACAAGCCAAUACUGUUCAAGCGUAAGCACAAAAAUAACCCUAGGCGGGAAAAAUUAGGUUGCCUUGUGGUUGGUUCCGACAGCUGUGACCCUCAAAAGUUCACCAAGGAAUAUUGCGGCCUCUUUACUGACUCCGGCGUUAUGCCUAAGCGUGUAUUAACUAGGUUCCGCGUCUCACCCGAAGCAGCGCUAGCACCUGGUACACCACUCGUUGCUGCACAUUACAAGCCCGGACAAAUUGUUGAUAUCAGAGGCAAGACUAUCGACCGUGGUUUUCAAGGAGUAUGCAAACGGUGGGGAUUCAAAGGUGGUCCAGCCUCGCAUGGUGUGACAAAAACCCAUAGAAGACCUGGAAAUAUUGGUGGUGGUGGUGAAAAGGGUCGCGUAUGGCCCGGAACGAAAAUGCCGGGUCACAUGGGUAAUCGUAUGCGGAUACACAAGGGUGCCAAGAUCCUUCGAAUCAAUACAAAAUAUAACGUAUUAUGGAUUCAUGGUAUUUCUAUUCCCGGUGAAACAAACUCAUUCGUUUCCAUAUAUGACACAAUUUUGCCGCUGAGGAGGCUGAAAGAAUCACCAAGUUUUCCAACUUAUUUACCCACAGCGGACGAACCUUUACCAGAAGAAUUGUUUUGCGAUGAGUUGCAUCCCUUUACAGAACCCACUAUUCAAUUCAGUGAAGAAUCGUAAUACGUGUAUUUUAUUAUGUUAGGAAAAUACAGAUGAUAUCGACUGUCUUAUGCAAAUA